UGGCUGCAGGAACCACAAGUCCCAGACUAGGUCGGAACUGGAAUAAUCACAGUCAAAAUACACCCAGAUGCUCUCACACACCCAGACGCGCGCGCAUCCCCGGGCCAUGGGGCGCACGUGAGUCCACGCCCCGCGCACCCAGCCCUGCCGCUCGCCAGAGCAUCCUCCUCCUCCACCUUCUCUUCCUCCUCCUCCCGCCACCGCCACCGCCACCGCCACCGUCGCUGCUGCUGUGCCUCCUAUCCCCUCUCGUCCGCCUUCCUCCCCCAGUUCCUGCUCCUCCUCCCCUCCCAGGCUCCUCCUGUCCGGCGGCGACGGGCAGAACCCUCGGCAGUGGCUCCCCUUCGCCCGGGCCGCGAAGAGGCUGAAACAGGAGCUGUGAAAUCUGUUGUAACUGAAAAUGUCUGACGGUCUGGAUAAUGAAGAAAAACCCCCAGCUCCCCCACUGAGGAUGAAUAGUAACAACCGGGAUUCUUCAGCACUCAACCACAGCUCCAAACCACUUCCCAUGGCCCCUGAAGAGAAGAAUAAGAAAGCAAGGCUUCGCUCUAUCUUCCCAGGAGGAGGGGAUAAAACCAAUAAGAAGAAAGAGAAAGAGCGCCCAGAGAUUUCUCUUCCUUCAGACUUUGAGCAUACGAUUCAUGUGGGGUUUGAUGCAGUCACCGGGGAAUUCACUGGAAUUCCUGAGCAAUGGGCACGAUUACUCCAAACCUCCAACAUAACAAAACUGGAACAGAAGAAGAACCCACAAGCUGUUCUAGAUGUUCUCAAAUUCUAUGAUUCCAAAGAAACAGUUAACAACCAGAAAUACAUGAGCUUUACAUCAGGAGAUAAAAGUGCACACGGAUACAUAGCAGCCCAUCCUUCGAGUACAAAAACAGCAUCAGAGCCUCCUUUGGCUCCUCCCGUGUCUGAAGAAGAAGAUGAAGAAGAGGAAGAAGAAGAAGAUGACAAUGAACCUCCACCAGUUAUUGCACCGAGACCAGAACAUACAAAAUCAAUCUACACUCGUUCCGUAGUUGAAUCCAUUGCUUCACCAGCAGCACCAAAUAAAGAGGUCACACCACCUUCCGCUGAGAACGCCAAUUCCAGUACUUUGUACAGGAACACAGAUCGACAAAGGAAAAAAUCCAAGAUGACAGAUGAGGAGAUCCUAGAGAAGCUAAGAAGCAUUGUGAGUGUUGGUGACCCAAAGAAAAAAUACACAAGAUUUGAAAAAAUUGGUCAAGGGGCAUCAGGUACUGUUUAUACAGCACUAGACAUUGCAACAGGACAAGAGGUAGCCAUAAAGCAGAUGAACCUUCAACAGCAGCCCAAAAAGGAAUUAAUUAUUAAUGAAAUUCUGGUCAUGAGGGAAAAUAAGAACCCCAAUAUUGUUAAUUAUUUAGAUAGUUACUUAGUGGGUGAUGAACUAUGGGUAGUCAUGGAAUACUUGGCUGGUGGCUCUUUGACUGAUGUGGUCACGGAGACCUGUAUGGAUGAAGGACAGAUAGCAGCUGUCUGCAGAGAGUGUCUCCAAGCAUUGGAUUUCUUACACUCAAACCAAGUGAUCCAUAGAGACAUAAAGAGUGACAAUAUUCUCCUCGGGAUGGAUGGCUCUGUUAAAUUGACUGAUUUUGGGUUCUGUGCCCAGAUCACCCCUGAGCAAAGUAAACGAAGCACUAUGGUGGGAACCCCCUACUGGAUGGCACCUGAGGUGGUAACUCGAAAAGCUUAUGGUCCAAAGGUUGAUAUCUGGUCUCUGGGGAUUAUGGCAAUCGAAAUGGUGGAAGGUGAACCCCCUUACCUUAAUGAAAAUCCACUCAGGGCAUUAUAUCUGAUAGCCACUAAUGGAACCCCAGAGCUCCAGAAUCCUGAGAGACUGUCGGCUGUAUUCCGUGACUUUUUGAAUCGCUGUCUUGAGAUGGAUGUGGAUAGGCGAGGAUCUGCCAAGGAGCUUUUGCAGCAUCCAUUUUUAAAAUUAGCCAAGCCUCUCUCCAGCCUGACUCCUCUGAUUAUCGCUGCAAAGGAAGCAAUUAAGAACAGCAGCCGCUAGGACUGCAAGCCUUACCCCACACCAUCUCCCUCAUGAGUAAGACUGAAAUAAAACUCUGCUGCAGGAAAGAUGGAAGAAAAGACAGUCAAACGGGGUGGGGGUUCUUUAACUUUCAAAUAAAUAGAAACUUCUUAUAAGCCUUUUUCCUACUCCCUCAGAUUAUGUAAUUUAUUUGUAAGCCUGAAUCGCAGCCCAAACAGGGCAGCGAUGUCGAAGUGGCCAUAAAGUGGUCAUUU